GGUAGAACCACCACCGGGUGGUGUCUAGGGGUGAGCGGACAGAAUUAAAAGGGAGAAGCCAUGGACAGAUAUAAUGUUGCGUCUAUCCGUUUCGGUCGUUAUGGAGUAUUGUAACGUUUUCUUAGAAGCUGUUGUUACUCAUUGCAUGUGAUCUUUAUUUAUUUCUGUUAAUCAGAUGGAACUACUUUAACACUGAAGUAGAUUACUCCAGUGUUAAACGGGAAUAAACAACGAAAUCUGAACUAAUAGUCACUUCGUUCUCUAGUUAUAGUUUUCCGUUUCGGCAAAACUUAAUUUUAUUUUGAUUAAGACUGAAGAAAGACAAUAGUCAUGCCAGACCAAUUAACAGUGUCUGAGUUUAUGGACAUAACCUUUGAGGACUAUAAAGCGCCAACAACUUCGAUUUUUACCACCCGAAUGACUCACUGUCGGAACACAGUGGCCGCGUUGGAAGAGGCUCUAGAUGCAGACCGCAGUGUUCUGAGUAAAAUGAAGAAGUCAGUCAAGGCCAUACACAGCUCUGGUACCACUCACGUGGAAAAUAAGGAGCAGUACAUCCAGACUCUGGAGAAGUUUGAUGAAUCCUGUGUGUACAAAGAUGAUCCAGACGUGUGCACUGCCUUCUUAAAGUUUUCAGUCUUUACAAAAGAGCUCACAGCUCUCUUCAAGAACCUACUGCAGAAUAUGAACAACAUUAUUACGUUCCCUUUAGACAAUCUGCUGAAAGGAGACCUAAAAGGAGUAAAAGGGGAUCUAAAAAAGCCUUUUGAUAAAGCCUGGAAGGACUAUGAAACCAAAGUUAGUAAGAUCGAGAAGGAGAAGCGAGAACACGCCAAACAACAUGGCAUGAUCCGGACAGAGAUCAGCGGGGGAGAGAUUGCGGAGGAGAUGGAGAAAGAAAGACGCAUCUUUCAGUUCCAGAUGUGUGAGUAUCUCAUCAAGGUAAAUGAAAUCAAAAUCAAGAAGGGAGUCGACUUGCUGCAGAACCUUAUCAAAUAUUUUCAUGCUCAAUGCAAUUUCUUCCAGGAUGGAGUAAAAAUUGUGGAGUGUCUCAAACCUGCCAUGGAAAAACUGUCCACAGAGCUCACAGUAAUUAAACAGACACAGGAUGGAGAAAGAAAGCAGCUGACGCAGCUCCGAGACAUUAUAAAGUCCUCCUUACAAACAGAACACAAAGAGGACUCUCAGGCCAAACAGAACACUGGUUACAGUCUACACCAACUGCAGGGUAAUAAGGCCUUUGGCACAGAACGCUCCGGAAUGCUCUCCAAACGCAGUGAAGGGCUGAGGAAAGUGUGGCAGAAGAGGAAGUGUUCAGUGAAGAAUGGACUUCUGACCAUUUCCCAUGGCACGGCAAAUGCACCACCGGCCAAACUGAACCUGUUAACCUGCCAAGUAAAGUGCAACCCAGAGGAGAAGAAGAGUUUUGAUCUCAUCUCUCAUGACAGAACAUAUCACUUCCAAGCAGAAGACGAGGCCGAAUGUCAAAUAUGGGUGUCCGUGCUUCAGAACAGCAAGGAAGAGGCCUUGAACAAUGCCUUCAAGGGUGAGCAGGACGAGGGCGAGAACAACAUUGUACAGGAGCUGACCAAGGCUAUCGUGGGUGAGGUGAAGAGGAUGAGCGGCAACGACGUGUGCUGCGACUGCGGAGCCCCCAAUCCGACAUGGCUCUCCACUAACCUGGGUGUUCUGAUUUGCAUUGAAUGCUCUGGCAUCCAUCGGGAAAUGGGUGUGCACUACUCCAGAAUACAGUCUCUCACCCUAGAUGUGCUGGGUACAUCAGAACUCUUGUUGGCCAGGAACGUGGGGAACGCAGGCUUCAAUGACAUCAUGGAGGUGAACCUCUCAGGGGAGGGGAUAUCCAAACCCAGCCCCUCUAGUGACAUGCAGAGUCGGAAGGACUUCAUCAUAGCCAAGUACACGGAGAAGCGCUUCGCCCAGCGGCGGCGGGUUGACGGCACUGCACGCCUGCGCGGUCUGUACGAGGCAGUGAAGAACCGCGACAUCUUCUCCCUCCUGCAGGUCUAUGCCGAUGGAGUGGACCUCACAGAGACCUACCCCAUGCCCAACGAGCAUGAGCCGGGUGAGACAGCGUUGCACCUGGCCGUGCGUGUUGUGGACAGAAACUCCCUCCAUAUUGUAGACUUCCUUGUGCAGAACAGUGGGAAUCUGGACAAGCAAACAGUGAAAGGCAGCACAGCACUACACUACUGCUGCCUCACAGGCAACAGUGAAUGCCUGAAACUCCUGCUGCGGAGCAAAGCUUCUGUCAUCAUCCCCAAUGAAGUGGGAGAGACUCCUCUGGACUUGGCCAGGCGGCUGAGACACACACAGUGUGAAGAGAUGCUAACCCAAGCGCAGACGGGCAAGUUUAAUGUCCACGUGCAUGUGGAGUACGAGUGGUGCCUGCACAACGAAGACCUGGAUGAGAGCGACGACGAGAUGGAGGACAAACCCAUUCCCCAGAAACGUGAGGAGCGGCCCGUGAGCUGCUUCGUGCCAGGCAGUGCCACCAUGCAGCCCAACAUAGCCGCCCUGGCGCGCGACGUGGUCAGUGUGGUGCGGGACAAGCAGAGGGGCUUCAUCCCCAGCAUGCUGUGCAACGAGACGUAUGGCACCUUGCUGGACCUCAGCCCCCCACCCUCCAACCUGCUGGGCUUCCCCCUGCCCCAGCUGCCCCCCCGCAACCCGCCUGCGGGUACUGCUGGGUGGAUGUCGAUGGAGGCCGCAGGGCGGCAGAGAUCUUCAUCGGACCCCCCCAACCCCAGCAGUCCUGACAGCAACACCUAUGUGCUGCCCCCUGCCCCUCCAGCUCCUCCGGUCAUCAAGAAGCCCGGCACAACGGAGCACAAGCCACAGAACAAGAGUGCACCUCUACCUCCAGUGCCUCUCACGCUGCCGCCUAUGACCUCACUGCCUCCGAUCCCACCCAUUCCCACCGCCCCGCCGGUCAUUCCAGUGCCCCCUACUCCACCCCCUUUCAAAGCACCAGUACCACCUGUGCCUACACUGCCCAGAGGCCCUGCACUCAAACCACCCUCAGGAACAGAUAAAAGUGUUUCCAAAGCACUGCCUGCCAGGCCUAAACCCAGUGAGAUCACUGAGAAGGAUGGUUCUGUUCCGCCCCAAAGUUCAGUGACUGUGUCACUGCCUGCCCCACCCCCUGCCCCCAAGCCCAGAAUCCCCCAGCCUAAACAGAAGCCUAAACGAGUGAAAGCCAUCUACAAGUGCGUGGCCGAUAACCCUGAUGAGCUGACGUUUUCGGAGGGCGAGGUGAUUAUAGUGGAUGGAGAAGAGGACAAGGAGUGGUGGGUGAGUGUAAGGCACAUGCGCGCACACACAGAGCCAGCUGUGUGCAGGUUAUGCCAACAUCACCCAAUUUUCAGGCAGGAACAAGAAACCAGGAUUCAGUGUGUUUGAUGCAGGGAAAUCCUGCUAGUCCAGUUUAGCAAGAGCAUUCAAGAACAUUCUCAUCAAUCCAAGAUCCUGCACUGAUGGUCCUUCAUUUUUCAGGUGGGCCACAUGGAAGGGGACCCUACCAGAAGAGGAGUCUUCCCUGUUUCCUUUGUACACUUCAUCACUGACUGAUGGGAGCGCUAGUCUGGCAGAAGCACCAAGACUGGCUUUUUCCAGAAAGAUGCUAAAUGCUAAUGCUAAACAGGGAGCAGAUUGUGAGGUUCCAUUUAUUGCUAAAGGACGAACCCUAGUAAUAACCUCACAUAAGAUAUUUACAAAGCCUUAAAACAUUCAAUAAUAGAAAAGAGAAUAAAUAGCUUCCUUCUCAGUGCUGAUCAUCUCACUCCAGUGCAAUAUGACUGUCUUAAUGCAAUGAGCAAAGCUUCAUCAUACCUUAGCCAACAUGGAGAUGGCCUUCUGGUAGCAGAGGCCAUGUCUCUGCAACAUCAAUUUUUUAUUUUAAAGGAGCCAUUUUCUUUGUUUUUGAGUUUGGUUGCAGAGCAACUGUUAGUUUACAGUUUAGUUAAGUGACCUAUCAAUGUUUUAAUCAAUGUUUUCUCUAUUUUGUGUUACUGGAUAAGGUCAUUAAACAAUUUUCACUGAAUAUUUUA